AUUUGUAAAUAUGAGCAACUGGAAAGGAAAUUUGGUGCAGUGAACAUCUCAAUGUGCUGAUUCAGGAAAAGGGACACCGAUGUUCUCUCGCAGAGGAAAAUCUACCAUCCCUCAGUAUCCUAGCUUUGCUGUCAAAGGCAAGGCUAAAUUGGCUAAUGGUAAGUUGAAAAAACAAAAAGAUUCUGAAGAGCCAGAUUUUGAUGAUUAUGGAACUAAUGAGGAGAAGCUGAAUCAGGUUGAAGAAACUCUUAAAGAUGUUAUUGAAGAAAAAGAGAAAAGAAGGCAGAAAGAGUUAGAUGCUAAAAAUCAGUUAACAGUCAAAGAAAAAAGAAGGUUGAAGAAGGAGAAAUAGGAUGAAGACUGCUAAGAGAAGGUUCAAAAGGUCCAAACAGGCAAAUCCAGCUCCCAACCAGUACUUCAAGGACAUUUUUGUGAAGGGAAAGGCUGAGAAAUCCUCUCGUUUUGAGAAAGCUCCAAGGAGAAUAACCGACCCCAGCAAGCAUCAUUCCUUCUUUGUCAUGGAUAAAAGAAAAUCGAGACUAUACAAGGUACUUAAAGAGCAAAAAUGAAGGAAAUGACCAAGAGAGGCUAGACACCAGUACAGGAAGAGCUUAACAAAUGCGGUUAGAAGUAAAGAGAAAUAUCCAGAAAACUCCAUUUUGAAUAAAAGUAAUGCCUAUAGCCCUCAAAAGGUGAAAUAUAAAACUCCUAGUAAGAUCAACUUGUCGACUUCUAAGAGCAACAACACUUUGGCUACAUUCGGAGAUCUGUAUAAUAUCAGACAAAGGAAGAACUAUGAGAACUUUUAUUAUGAAUCAAGAAAAACUGCAAAUGAAAGCCCCUCCAUUUCUGAAGAGGUCAGAUCGAUUACUUCUGGGCUAAAAGUCCAGAAAAAGAGAUCUCAAGCUCAUAGUAAAAUGAGGAAUUUACAGUUAAUGGAUUAUGGUCAAGACUUUACUACUGGAAAGGACACAGACCCUAAAUCCCUCAGUCCUCUGUCUAAGUUCAGAGGGAGUCCCCAAAGGGCAGGAAUCAGACCUAAGACUGCUUUUAUUAGAUAUCAAAAGACUGAGAAAUCUGAAAGCAAGUUAUCAAAAUUUUCGAUGGUAAAGCAGCUCUCAAGGGAAGAAGCCAAUAAAAUUAUUCCAAAAGAAUCUACUCCACAUGAAGCCAGGUUUGAUAUGAAAGAUAUUAAGAAAGAACUCAGCUAUAAGUAUAAAUAAAAGUGAUACGGUGUACGUUGAUUAUGAUAAGAGUCCCAAGAAGGAUGACAACGGGAAAUUCUUAAGAAGAGAUGUUGAAAAAGGCAAAUUUAACCAACAGAAGCUAUAUUAUGAUGUUAACAUUGACGCUUUUAAUAGACCAAUCUCAGUCCCAGACUUUGAAAAAUGUAUGCCUAGAGAUGAUAAAUACAUGCUUCAAAAACGACUUAACCCCCCUUCUCGUGAUUUCUCCGAAGACCCUAUCUCAGCUCCCACCAACAAAAUAAUCCCUAUGAACAAAGAGCUAAAACACCCCAAACCCCUCCCUAGAAACCCCCAAACCUCCCAAAACUCCACCACCUUCAAAUGCCGGCUAAACAAGCUCAAAAAUUUCCUAGAGUCCAGCUUUCGUUAACUAUUUUUACUCAACUUCC